AUGGAAAACAGCACCGAGGCGACCGAGUUCCUUCUUGUGGGGCUGACAGAUGACCCGAGCCUGCAGAUCCCACUCUUCAUCACCUUCUCCCUCGUCUACCUUUUCACUCUGCUCGGGAACCUGGGGAUGGUCCACUUGAUCCUGUCCGACCCCCGCCUCCACAGUCCCAUGUACUUUUUCCUCUGCAACCUCUCCCUGGUGGACAUCGGUUACUCCUCAGCUGUCACUCCCCAGGUGAUGGCAGGGUUCCUUACAGGGGAGAAAAUCAUCCCCUACAAUGCUUGUGUCACCCAGUUCUUCUUCUUUGUCGCUUUCAUCACUGUGGAAAAUUUCCUCUUGGCCUCCAUGGCCUACGACCGCUACGCAGCAGUGUGCAAGCCCCUGCACUACACCAGCACCAUGACACCCGGGGUGUGUGCGCGUCUGGCCGUAGGCUCCUACGCCUGUGGCCUCCUGAAUGCCUCCGUCCACACCGGGGACCUUUUCAGGCUCUCCUUCUGUAGGUCCAACGUGGUCGAUCACUUUUUCUGCGAUGCUCCUCCUCUCUUGGCUCUCUCAUGCUCAGACAACUACGUCACCGAGAUGGUUAUUUUUUUGGUGGUGGGUUUCAAUGACCUCUUUUCGGUCCUGGUCAUCUUGAUCUCCUACCUGUUUAUAUUUCUCACCAUCCUGAGGAUGCGUUCAUCUGAGGGACGCCAAAAGGCCUUCUCAACCUGCGCUUCCCACCUCACUGUGGUCUCCAUCUUUUACGGGACAGGCAUCUUCAUGUACUUAAAGCCCAGCUCCAGCCACUCCAUGGGCACCGACAAAAUCGCAUCCGUGUUCUACACUAUGGUCGUCCCCAUGCUGAACCCUGUGGUCUACAGCCUGAGGAACAAAGAGGUCAAGGGUGCCUUUAAGAAGGCUGCAGGGAAGGCAAAGUCCUCUAUAGGGUCCAUAUUUUAA